AACAUGGCGACGGUGCUUAAAGGUGUCGCUUGCCUCGUCGCUGGGGGAGCUAGUGGUUUAGGUCGAGCUGCUGCGCAGAAGUUGGUUCAGCAGGGCUGUAGAGUUGUAAUAGCAGAUCUACCAUCGAGUGAAGGAGACAAAGUUGCCAGUGAUCUUGGAGAGAAAUGUGUAUUUGUUCCCACUGAUGUUUCAUCAGAAUCUGAUGUGAAGCAAGCCAUUAAAACAGUUGUAAACAAGUGUGGUCCACUGCGUAUUGCUGUGAAUACCGCUGGUAUGGUAAAACUAGCAAAAACUUUGUCAGACGAGGGUGAGGUCCACCCUCUUGAUAUUUUUGAAGAAAUAUCAAAGAUCAACUUGAUGGGAACAUUCAAUGUGACUCGGCUUGCAGCGCAACAAAUGGCUACAAAUGAACCUGAUGAGGGUGGGGAGAGAGGAGUAAUUAUUAACACCUCCAGUGUUCAUGCCUAUGAUGGACAGUCAGGAAAAGUGGCAUAUUCAGCAUCAAAAGGAGCCAUUAUCUCUAUGACACUUCCUUUAGCGAGAGAUCUGGGACGGCAUGGUAUAAGAGUGAAUACAAUUGCACCAGGAAUGUUCUUAACUCCAAUGUUAACCAAAUCAAGACCAGAACCAUCAGAACAACAGAAAAUGGCUCAGAUAGUUCCAUUUCCCAAGCGCAUUGGAGACCCAGCGGAGUUUGCGCAGCUUGUACAAACAAUCAUUGAAAAUAAAAUGAUUAAUGGUGAAGUUAUUCGGAUUGAUGGCGGCGUGAGAAUGCCAUGAUUACGAAGGAAAUUUUCAAUUUUUCGCGGACCUCUGCGUUCAAAACGGAAAGGUUGUCACUUACCUCAUUAACUUUUUCAGUUGCAAGUUACUCGAGAAGAUUCUAAUGAAAGGCUUGUUUUCAAUAUAGGUGCUUGUAAUUACGACGAGAGUUUAAAGUUUCAAUCGCAAGCUCGACAUCACUGAAAGAGGUUAAGUGCACGGCCAUGACCACAAAAACGUGGGCUUUUAUUUUUUGGAACUUUAUCUUUUAUUGAAGGUUUUCAGAUUCAGUCGCAAGCUGAAUAUCACUUUCGAGAAAUAAACCCU